UUAGAACAAAGUUAACGCUGUACAUAGGAAGUUCCCAUCCUGAAAGUCGAGCGUCCGGCGGUUGUUGUGGCGGCCAAGUCGAGGGUCCGUCAGGCAGCGGCGGUCACAUACAGUCAUGGAGGAGAUCGGCAUCACCGCGGCCUCGGAGAAAGUGGAGGAGAUAGCCGAGGUGAAGGGCCCAGUGGUUGGGGGCCUGACGGUGGUGAAUGAUGAGUCAACCCGUGAUGACUACAACAUGUACAAGCGGCUCCUGCAGAACCUGGAGUACCUGAGGGUGCAGGAGGACUACAUCAAGGACGAGCUGCACAACCUGAAGAAGGAGUACAGGCAUGCGCAGGAAGAGGUGAAGAGAAUCCAGAGUGUGCCGCUGGUGAUUGGUCAGUUCCUGGAGGCCGUGGACCAAAACACAGGCAUCGUCGGGUCCACCACAGGCUCAAACUACUAUGUGCGCAUCCUCUCCACCAUUGACCGAGAGCUGCUCAAGCCCUCGGCCUCUGUGGCACUGCACAAACACAGCAAUGCCCUGGUCGAUGUGCUGCCCCCGGAGGCUGACUCCUCCAUCUCCAUGCUGCAGGCUGAUGAGAAGCCUGACGUAGCCUACUCAGACAUCGGUGGGCUGGACAUGCAGAAGCAGGAAAUCAAGGAGGCCGUGGAGCUGCCCCUGACCCACUUUGACCUGUACAAGCAGAUCGGCAUUGACCCCCCAAGAGGCGUGUUGAUGUUCGGGCCCCCAGGCUGCGGCAAGACCAUGCUGGCCAAGGCCGUCGCCCACCACACCACCGCCUCCUUCAUCAGGGUGGUGGGGUCUGAGUUUGUGCAGAAGUAUCUUGGUGAGGGGCCACGCAUGGUGAGGGAUGUGUUUAGGCUGGCCAGGGAGAAUGCACCGGCCAUCAUAUUCAUUGACGAGAUCGAUGCCAUUGCCACCAAGCGCUUCGACGCACAGACUGGCGCUGACAGGGAGGUGCAGCGUAUCUUGCUGGAGCUGCUGAACCAGAUGGACGGCUUUGAUCAGACCACUAAUGUCAAGGUGAUCAUGGCCACCAACAGGGCUGACACACUUGAUCCAGCUCUCCUGCGACCAGGGCGACUCGACCGCAAGAUUGAAUUUCCCUUACCAGACCGAAGACAGAAGCGUCUCAUCUUCUCGACCAUCACCGGCCGCAUGAACCUCAGUGAAGAUGUUGACUUGGAAGACUAUGUGGCUCGCCCUGACAGGAUAUCUGGUGCUGAUAUCAAUGCAAUCUGUCAGGAGGCGGGGAUGCAUGCCGUGCGGGAGAACAGGUACAUCGUUCUGGCUAAGGACUUUGAGAAGGCCUACAAGAAUAAUGUGAAGAAGGACGAGUCUGAUCACGAGUUCUACAAGUAAUGAGACCCGUCCAUCGUUGGUGUAGCUUCUCCGAGUGGGCUGAAGGGAGAAUCUUUACAAUGCUGAGUAAUUUAAGGGAGUAGGAUUUGUCAAGACUUAUUAUUUGUUUUCUUUCAUUUUAAUAAGAAGUCUAAAUUAAUGAA